AUGGCAGCAUACCAGUACACGAUUCCAUGCAAGGGCAUCGUGGCAUACGACCAACAUGACUGGAAAUACGUUGAUCUCUUGACGCGGGAACCUCUUGAAGAUGAAUUUCUGAUUGAAAUGAUUGCCACUGGCGUAUGCCAUACUGACAUUUCGGGAUAUGGCGGAAUAUACCCCCGUGUUCUGGGGCACGAAGGCGCCGGCAGAGUUCUGCGACUGGGAAGCGAUACACUCAAGUCCAAAUACCAAGAAGGCGACCUGGUUAUCCUCUCGGCAGCAUCCUGUCAAGACUGUCACUACUGCAACACCGGCCAUCCAGCGUACUGCGCGAACCACGCCGCCGUCACACUUCACGCCAACGAACCGAAUUUUGUACUUGCGAGCGAUCCAUCCAAAGUGAUUGGGGGUGGAUACUUUGGCCAAUCGAGCUUUGCCAGCGUGACGCCAGUUAAAGUAUCGUGCGCUGCCAACGUUACCGAGUUAAUCAAAGAUGCCGAGGAGCUCAAAAUGUAUGCGCCGCUGGGCUGUGGCAUUAUGACCGGUGCCGGGUCUAUCACACACGUUGGAAAAUGCGCUCCCGACGAUGUGGUGGCCGUGGUUGGCCUUGGUGGUGUUGGCCUCGCUGGUAUCUGCGCUGCAAAGAAGCUCGGUGUACGCAACAUCCUGGCUGUAGAUUUGCUACAGUCGCGCAUCGAUUUGGCCUUGUCAGUGGGUGCUACGGCAGGGCUCCUGACAUCUCGCAAAGCAUUAGGAGACAAAGAUUUGGCUACGGCUCUUAGGGAAGCGACUCCAGGAAGCUUGGGCUGUACACAUAUUCUUGAUACUUCGCCAUCGGUAGCGGUGCUCUCAGCCUGCCUGGAAGCUCUCCAACACAACGGUACAGUCUUGCAGGUCGGCGUCAAACCUGUAGGAGCGAAGCUGGAAGUAGACACGUUGAUGCACAUGGUUCGUGGAAGAAAGCUUGUCGGUGUAAUUGAAGGUGAUCGAGACCCGGCGGAAGCACUGCCAGAGCUUGUGCAGUGGGUGAAGGAGGGGAUCUUACCGGUCCACAGAAUGUUGACUCAGUAUCCUGUGGCUGAAUUUGAGGAGGCUAGAGAGAAGAUGAAAAAGGGAGAAGUCAUUAAAGGAGUUUUGAUUUGGUGACAAUGAUGGCGAUGAUGAUGAUUUGUUGAUUUAUUGGUGUAUUGCUGGUAGUCGUGAUUUUGGCGGGGAGUUGUAGGAGUCAGCGAUAAUUGGAGAGG